AUAGAGAUAUAUGUAACCCAAGUGACCCAAAACCCACCCUCUCCCCUCCAAAACCACCACAAACCACCAUGGCCGCAGCGGCAGCCGCGGCGGCAUUCCACUCGUACUCUCCUCAAGAACAACAACAAUCAACGGACACCCCUCAACUAUCGAAAAAACCCAAAACCCUCCUCCAUAAACACCCACUCUACACUCCAACCCACACAAAACUCUCCCUCCAAUUCAAAGAAAAGAUAUUGUGCCUCGAAGUCAUGGGUGUCGAUUCCGGCAAAGCACUCGCUCAAAACCCGUCUCUCCAUUCCGCCACCCUCAAUUCCAUCCACGACAUCAUCACUUUCCUCCAAUCCAAAGGCAUCCAACAAAAAGACCUCCCAAGAAUCAUCGGAAUGUGCCCCAAGAUCCUCACCGCCACCAUCACCACCGACCUCCUCCCGGUUUUCAACUUCCUAUCGCACAAUCUCAAAAUCCCAGAUCACAACUACCGAAAAGUGAUCAAUAAAUGCCCAAGACUUCUUGUUUCAAGUGCUAAAGACCAACUAGAGCCUGCUCUUUCUUACUUGCAAAGACUCGGAUUUCGCGAUUUGCAGGCAUUGGCUUAUCAAGACUGCGUCUUAUUGGUGUCGAAUGUGGAAAACACAUUGAUUCCAAAGCUGGACUACUUGAUCGGUCUCGGGUUUUCGAGAGGGGAGGCAGUCGAGAUGGUGUUGAGGUGUCCGGGUCUGUUUACGUUCAGUCUCGAAAACAACUAUCGGCCAAAAUUCGAGUAUUUUGAAAGGGAGAUGAGAAGGGAUUUGGGUGAAUUGAAAGAUUUCCCACAAUAUUUUGCAUUUAGUUUGGAGAAGAGGAUAAAGCCAAGGCAUUUGGAGGCUGUGGAAUGUGGGGUUCAUAUUCCUCUCCCACUUUUACUCAAAACCACUGAUGAUGAGUUUGCAGAGUUAUUGAAGAAGGGGAACAGAUCCAAAAAACUGUAAAUUCCAUCUCCUUUUGUAAGUAUUUGAAAAUGGAUCUUGUUUAUUACAAUUUUUAUUUGGAAAUUUGUAAGAAAAUAUAAACCAAA